UGUCAGUCACUGACAGUCAGUGUCAAGCUAAAAAUUUAGAAGCGUUGUAAAAUAGUUUUGAGUUCGAGUUUUACGACAUUUAAUUUCUUAUUAGAUAUAAUAUUAAGCCUCAACAAAGUUAUCCAUUAAAUAAUUAUGAUAUUCAUGAGAGAAAACUAUGUGUAAAGUUGUGUAUUUAAAAACUUAGGAACAGUUAACGUAAGUUUAUUGUUUGGAAGUUGGAUGUUUUUCUAUUGCGUUGCAAAACUAUUCGCUGACGUCUGUUCUUUACGAUGGACCUCUUUAAACACGGUAUGAAGGGUCCAUCCAGGCCAGCUCCUGUGCCACCUAGUGCUCAUGUUAAUAGAUACUCUCCAGUGACCAAUUGGAAUGAUGACCCAUUUGGGGCAGAAGUUUUUGAACCUACUCCUAUGUAUGCACAGAAAAAAAAGCCUCCACCUCGACCACCACCACCCAAGGUGACCAAGCAGCCUGAAGUGCCUGCAAAACCAUCACACUUUAUACGUAAACCAACAGUUCUCACUUCAUUGUUAAAUCGUAAAAGUAAGAACACAGUGAAUCAACAGAGUGGGCCAAAUCAACCUAAAUUUACAGAUUUUAGUAGUGAAGUCAAUAGUAGAAUGUUUCCAAAGUGUGACCAUACCAAUAUACAAACGGCAACUCUCAUAGAUCUGUCAUCACCACCAAGCUCGCCAACAUUUACAACUAGAUCUAGCAGUGAUGGAAUCAGUGUGGAUAGCUUUGGAUCUGAUGCCACCACAUCAACUAAUCACCGAAAUGCGAUCAGCGGUGGUAACGCUUCACAAGCGGAAAGUGGUUUUGAGGAUGAUUUCGAUCUUUUCCUCACUUCCAGAAAGAAAAUUAGCAAGGAGGAUACUUUUGAAGAUUUUUCAAAUAUAGAUCCCUUUUCACCACAGCCAGUAAUUAAACCUCCUAUCAUGAAGAAGCCUGUGCUGAGUAAGGAUCUGUUUGAAACAUCAAGCACUACAAGUAGUCAGUAUUCUAAUCCACCUUUAAAGGGCCCCACAAUAAUAAGAGCUAAACCAGCUCGACCGAAACCUCCGGAUAAUUCUGCUCUAUUGAAAAGUACUUUUGGCAGCAACUUCCAAUGGACUUCAAUGAACAUAAAUACCACAACGCCAAUACAAAAAGUUGCAAAUGGCUUUAUAGAUAGUGACCAGAAAUUAAAUUGGGAUCACGAAGAUUCGCCUGAAAGGAAGCCCACUCCACCCAUGCCAACAAUACCUCCUCCACCCCCGCCACAGAUUGAUGAUGACCUUCCAGUAGUGUGGCCUGAUGAUAUACCAGAUUUCGAAGAAACUGAUGAAAGUGAUGAUGAUGAACCGCACGCGAUCGCGCUCUUCGACUAUUUCACGGAUCACCAAGAAGAUUUAUAUUUUUCGGCUGGCACGAAAAUAUUUCUGAUUCGGCGCGAGAAUGACGAAUGGAUGUACGGUAAACUGCGCACAGGGGCGGAAGGUCUCUUUCCUUCGAACUACGUUGAGGUAAAGAUACCUUUACCGAAUGAUAGUAAAACUACAAUUGGCACGGCUCUCGCAUUAUAUGAGUUCAUGCCUGUCCAAGAAGGAGAUCUGCGUUUUAACAUCGGUGACAAGAUCAACGUUCUGUCCAAAAUAAACGAUGAGUGGUAUUUCGGCGAGUGCAAUGGCCUCAAAGGACAAUUCCCAAUUAACUACGUGCAAAUUAGUUAGUACUUGAUAUUCAGGGUAUUUUGUGAUACGACAUCGAUGCUUGCGACUUGUUCGGAGUCCAUUUUAGUUAGAUGUUUUAAAUACAGUGAUAAAUUUAAAAUUUGGUCCAUUUUGUUUUAAUGUAAUGGGAAACGUAUAUAAAGUGAAGACUGAUGUCUAUAUCUCGAUUUAAUGUUAAGUAUUGUCGGUGUAAAUCAAAUACUUAAUAGAUCUUGUAAUGAUUUUCAAUCAAGAUUAAAUUUUAUAUUAUUGAUUGUCGAAGUAAAUUAAAGUAAUUGACGUUAUCGAUUAUGUGCAAUAUAUUGAUUAAUGUUUUAUAAAUGAUCUGCAUGCUUCAAACUUACUAAUUUAUAACUUCUUGCGAUAUUCAUAGUACUUGUUGCCAUAAUAACUUAAGUGUUUUACUUCAAGAUUAACUAAAUGCACAAAACGAGAAUUAAUAUGAAUCAUCCUUAGAGAUAUGGUGACUGAAUGUAAAUAUAUCUGCGCGUAUAAAAUAUGAAUUUAAUUUAGUUUAACGGUUGUGUGUAAAGUAUAUCGAAAUAUUAUGAUAAUAACUGUUUAGUAUCCAUAUACUUUGGAAAAUAAAGUGUGGUUUACUCAGUUCAUUGUAUUGUGCAAUUAACAUUACUCUACACAAAAUAUUAUUCAAGGAAAAUCGCAAAGCGGUUAUGCUGAUAUCGAGUCAAGUAUGAAGUCAAUUUAAUGUAAUUAGAGAUUAAUUAUUAUUGUGUAUCCGGUUUUUUAAAAAGGUAAAAUUUAUAUUUCGUAGUUUUAUAAUUUUGUAUUUGAUUUAAAUGUAUAGCUAGUCUCUUUGUAGAUAGAUUAUAUUGAAUCACAUGGAUUUGUCACAUUUUCAAUAAUUUCCUUCAAAAAACUAUCUUUAUAAUGAACAUCUAAAACACUUAAUUUGAAUAUGAAUUAUAAAUGUAGUGUUUAUGCUUCCUUCCCCUAUCUUAUCGUUAACUCCUUUGUGACAAACAUGUGCGCGAUUGUUUUGCAAUAUUACGCAUAAUAUUAAUUAUUUUUGUACGUCUUUUGUGUCAUUUCUUUUGUUUAAGUUGUAUUAUUUUGGGGACCAUAACAUUAAGUGCCUUAUGUAUUUUGUCAAUGUGUAUUAUGUGUAUAUAAAUAUUAAUUUAUAAUAAAAUAUUGCCAAUUUCA